UGGUUACAAAGUCGGGUGUAAAUAUCCGUGCACCCGACAUGAGCCGGGUGUAAAUAAAACGUGACGUCACAAUGCAUGUCUAUCUACACGCACGAAAAAAAAUAAAAACAAAAUACAAAUGUGAUGGGGAAAAGUAGGAUAAAUAAUCUAUUCUUCUAAAUAAUAAUACAAAUAAAAAAAUCUUUGUAUUGUAAUAACGAUUUGUUAAAAUUUCACACAAAUUAAAAGAAAUCACAUUGAUAAUUAACUAGAACUUUUUUCUUUCGAGUAUAUAUACAAAGCGAAAUAACUCUUUCAAUCAUCGUCUGCGAAAAUGGCGAAAAGAUUUGCCUCACAUACUCCGUCGGAAAUAAUAGAAAAACGGGCCAAUGUUGUGCCAAAAAAUACCAUUAAAGGGAACCAAAAAAGCGCAAAAAUGUUGAGGGAUUACCUGAAAGAAAAAAAACAAGCCUUGGAUUUCGAAAACUUUGACGCUCAUCAAUUGAACGAAGUUCUUUCUCACUUUUACUUAGACUUGCGAAAGAUUGACGGAGAAUUGUAUAAAUCUUCAUCCCUAGAAAAUACACGGUAUGGAUUAAAUCGGUAUUUAAAAGCUCCACCUUUCUUAAAAACAUUUGAUAUAAUAAAAGAUCCAGAGUUUUAUUCAUGUAACGAGAGUUUCAAAACAGCCAUGGCCGAGUUGAAAAAAGAAGGAAGGGGGGAUGUGGAACACUAUCCCUGCAUAGAGGAUUGUGACAUUAAAAAACUAUAUAAUAGUGUGCAUUUAUCGACCGAAACUCCUUGUGGACUACUCAAUAAAGUCCAAAUGGACAUAAGACUUUAUUUUUGUCGAAGGGGAUUAGAAAAUAUGGCACAGAUGACGAAAGAUACAUUUUGUGUUUCCACUGAUCCGAAUACUGGACUGAGAUACGUAAAAAAAGCCAAAGAUGAACUGGUAAAAAAUAGAAGAUCGAAUGAAAAAGAAAAUUUUGGAGGCUGUAUGGUUGAAAAUAAAGACUCACCUCUUUGUCCAGUUGCAUCCUUUCAGAAAUAUAUAACAAAACUAAAUCCGGAAAAUACCCGACUGUGGCAGCGACCUCGAGAAACCUUCCUAGAUAGUGACCCCAUAUGGUACACAAAACAGCCUUGUGGAAAAGAUUCCCUUAGUUCUUUCAUGUCAAAACUCAGCAAAAAGUGUGACCUCUCCCGAAUUUACACAAACCACUCAAUCAGGGUUACCGGAACUAGCAUCCUUUUUAAAAACAACUUCGUUGAUUCGCAAAUCAUGUCCGUAACGGGCCACAAAUCGGUGAACUCCCUUGCUGUGUACCACCGAGUUUCGGAACAUGAAAAAUUGCAAAUGAGCAGGGCAAUACAAAACACUGUCAACACCGAGCAACCAUGUUUACCAGCACCACCGAUCAUUCCUAUGUUACCCGCCCCGCCUACUCAAAAUGACCUCAGCAUUGUGUCGAGCGACACCGCAUCAGGGGGCGACAAUCUUCAAUUGCAAGGUGUAAACAUUGAUGACCUUUUUGAUGACAUGUAUGAAGAACGGUCACAAAUAUCAAGCAUGGUAUCCAUGAAUAAAACUACAGUAAAUGUUCAACAAAGACGAGCAAAUUUUGCACCUGCCCCAGAGAGCAUUUUCCAGAACUGUUCAAUUGGUACUGUUCAAAUCAUUUACAAGUCGUAA